AAGCUAGUGGUCCAAGCAAUUUUUCUUAGAAUACUCAUCCAUGCUUCGAUUCAGAUUUGGUCCAAGGCAUUCACAAUUUGCUCAAGGGAGAAUAGGAAGUUUGGAUUUGUCAUAUAUUCCGAGAGAGAAAUAGAGUUACAAAUUUUAUAAUCAAUGAAAAAUUUAGGAUUUCUAAAAAUUUUCAAGCUUUUAAUUCUCCUCCAACUAAAGUUAGAGAUUGAUUAUUUGAGGAUGUAAUUGGUGUAUGUUACUCUCAUUUGAUUAGACAAUAAAACUUUUCAUCUAUUUCGAUCUUAUUACAAGUAUAAACUUUUAAUGUUGAUUAAGAUAAUAAAUAUUAAAAAUUAUUUUUAAAAAAAUGAUGAAAAGUGUUUUUACAUAUAAAAUAUGAAUAGAUUGGAAGAUUACUUGUGUGCAAAUAACUAAAAAAAUGUCUUAUCGGAUGGCUAAGAGGAAAAAAAAAAUGAAAAAAGAGAUUGAAUUUAUUUUUUUUAAGGAAAUUUCAUCGGCCCAACAUUCACCACUUCUCAAGAAGAUGGCCCAACCCAAUUAGUAUUAUUCUUUAGAAAAACAAAAAGGAAAAGAGAAAAAGGAAAUCCUCCAUCUCUGUUCCUGUCUCGGUUCUGUCUGAAAGACUGAAGCGUGAUAGUUUAACUGGUUCAAAGCCAAAAACUCAAAGUGGGUUCUUUAAUGAAGAAGAAAGGCAUCCAUGGCUUUUAGUUGCGGUCAUUCAAUAAGUUAUCCGCUCUCUCCAUGGGCCGAAAACAAGGUUCGAAGAAAUGAAGUGUCUUUGUUAUUGGAUUCUGGGUUUUCAAUUUGCAGAAUUUCCUACGUAAAGUGUUCCCAAAAGUUGGGUGAACAAUCACUGAGCGUUUCAGAGGCUGUUGAGAAGAAACCAGUGAAGAAGGUGGGAAAGAAUGAGCAUCACUUGUGGAAGAAAAGAGAUUCAGCUGGCUCAGGACAGAAGGCUCUCAAUCUUGUUAGAAUUAUUUCUCAACUUCCCAAUGAGAAAGAGGCUGUUUAUGGAGCAUUGGAUAAAUGGACAGCUUGGGAGACUGAGUUCCCAUUGAUUGCAGCAGCUAAGGCUUUACGAAUUUUGAGGAAGAGGAGCCAAUGGCUGCGUGUAAUUCAAGUGGCAAAGUGGAUGUUGAGCAAAGGCCAAGGGGCAACGAUGGGAACAUAUGACACCCUUCUACUGGCAUUUGAUAUGGAUAAGGGAGUAGAUGAGGCAGAAUCCUUAUGGAACAUGAUUUUGCAUACACACACCCGUUCUAUCUCAAAGCGAUUGUUUUCUAGGAUGAUCUCUUUAUAUGAUCAUCAUAACAUGCAAGAUAAGAUAAUUGAGGUUUUUGCAGACAUGGAGGAGUUGUGUGUAAGACCAGAUGAAAACACAGUCAGAAAAGUGGCCCGUGCCUUUCAGAAACUUGGCCAAGAAGACAAGCAGAAGUUGGUUCUUAGAAGAUACCUGAGUAAAUGGAAGUACAUUCACUUUAACGGUGAGCGUAUCAGAGUGAGAAGAUAUGAAUCAGAUGAAGAUUGAUGUUUGAUCUAUUGAAUGGCACUCUCUUAGCAUUCAAUGGCAUGAUAUGAUGCCUAUAUCUAUUGCAUUGGGCCUUGCCAAGUAGGAAUAUGAGUUCAUGGGUGCAGCAACAAGGCAUCUACUAAUUCACUUUCCCCAUGAUAAGUGGCGCACGCUUGAAUGUUAUUUGAAUAUUUACAUCAUUUCUGGUGGGUUGUGCCUACUAUUUAAGCAUAGAGGUUGGGGGCCUGUUCUUCAGUUGUCUGGGGUAUGUGUGCAGAGGUUAAAAGCAAAGAAAAAAACAGAAAAGAGGGGGAAAGGGGAGGGAGGCCAAAAUAAUUUUCACUGUUAGUUUAAAACAUAGUUUUGUACUCAUCAGUGAUUCAAAUGAUUUUAAAACUCAUAAAGCUGCAACAAAUAUAAUUCUAGUAGAAGAGAAUGUUUCUACUUUGAAUUUUGGGGUAAUCAGUUAAUUUCUUUGAAUGCCUGUGACUGUGAGGUAGUAGUCAUCACAAAGUUGUAGGAUGGCAGACUACCAGAUGUUGAAUGACGAUUGUAAUGGCUGCUAAGGCAGUGUGUUUAAUAAUUUUCAAUUUCAGUAAAUGAUUGUUUGGAGUA